UCAAGAGCCUAGCGGCUCCUAGCGGAGCAGGCGGUUGGGUUGGGUGACCUGGUCUGGCAUGAUCCAGACCACCCAAUCUUUUGAAGCGCGUGGGCCAGAAGUUCGAAGCGCUGAUGUUGUAUUGAAGGAUGCUUUAGAAAAACUCCGGAGCACAGUCCCGCGAAAACUCAAGGAGCUACGCGAUAGUGUGGAAGCCGACUUGAAGCAGCUGGAAAAUCUACCUGCAUCUGGAGCUGGCAUUGACACAAAUGAUUUUUUCUUAUCCUUCAAGCUGGCAUGUGAAGCUGUUGGCUUACCGAAGGUAGUGGUCAUUGCUCUUGAGGCAAUCCAGAAGCAAGUCACCUACGGUUUCCUCAGUGGCAAAGGCCCUGACCCUUUCAAACCUGAAUCCGGACGGCAUUUGAUCGACUGUGUGAUAGACUCCGUGUGCAAUUGUGCGGAGUCUGCAGAUGAUACAGUCCAAAUGCACAUGAUCAGCACCCUGAACGCGGCUGUUACAUCCCAAGUUUGUGAGGUCCAUGGCCAAAGCCUGAUGCUGGCGGUGGACACGUGCAUGAAGCUCUACAGGGAUUCUAGAAGCCAGUCCAACCAGAGAAUGGCUCAAACAGCCUUGACCCAAAUGCUGUCAGUCAUUACCCAAAGGAUGGAGUUGAGUUCGGCGGACAUGUCCAGUCGGGCAGAUGAAGCCUGGUCUGGCUCUCGGCAGCAUGGUGCGGCCACCUCCGAACAACUGGCAGCCGUGGUGGCAGCGGCACCGCCUGCUUUUGUGAAUGCAAAUGCAGAUUUGUCUCAGAUGCCGAAAGGGCAACUGCUGAACGAAUGGAUGUCGUCGUAUCUCAAUGCCAAGAUUGACAAGCUGAUUUGGAAUGGAAGCGGCGAGAAUGGCUUGAAAGGGGAGGCACCGCCUGGAAAGUUUGGAUGGUGCGUAGUUUGCCGGGCAGCAGCAAACCACUACUGUGUCGACACUCGCGAUUCAGUUUGUGGGCAUGCCUGCAAAUACAGAAAUCUGGAACGCUUGUCCCUUGUGGAAAAGUACUAUGGCAAGAGAGAUGAGGCAGUGAACAUGAGUUCUCCUUCAGCAGUCUCUUCGUCGCCAGCAGCUAUAGUGUCGCAAUCCUCUAGGGAUGCAGUUACACAGAGAGAUGAGGUAUCAUCUGCAAUGGCAGACGUGGCUGAAUCUCCAAAUAUUUACCACCAGGAUGCAAUAAUAAUACUUACCUACCUCAUCAACAGCAGUGCCAAGGAAGUGCCACAGAAUCAGCCUGACUCAAGAGGUAUCAGGAACAAGCGAAUUGCCCUCGAGCUCGUCCUUGGUGUGCUGUCCAAUUCGGGCCCUGUUUUCAGGUCUUCCAGACACUUUGUGGACAUGCUCAAAAAGCUUGUCGGUGAUUCGCUGAUCAAGAACAGCGUCUCGCCAAUUCCAAAGAUUUUUUGUCUUUCCCUACAAAUCUUUGUCUCGCUCAUCACCAACUUCAAGGAACAUUUGAGAGACGAGAUUGGUGUCUUCAUCGAACAGAUCUUCUUGAGGAUACUUGAAAGUGGCAAUUCCGACUUCUUGCACAAAAGCCGAGUCCUUCAAAUUUUCUACAAACUCUGCACGGAUGCGACAACACCUUUGGAGCUUUUUCUGAACUAUGACUGUGACGUUGAUGAAAAAAAUAUUUUUGAAAGAACAAUUGACUGCUUGUCGAAGAUAGCCCAAGGAAAAUACACUGCAGUGGAGCACGCGAAUCUAAUUCAGCCACAUCAGGAGCAGGAGUUGAAGCAGCUGGCCCUGCAAUCUUUAGUCACAUUGAUGGGAUCUAUCGUUGACUGGGCUCGGAGAAUGACAGAGGAUCAAAAGCCCGUAUCAAUCCUUGGCCAUACAGAGGAGAACCGCCCAGCAGCUGGAGAAAGUGAUGCUGAGGAUGAUGCAAGCGACGUUGCAGUCUCCACAAGUGGUGCAACCCUUCCGGUUGCGCAACUGAGCAGCUUCAAAGAGCAAAAACAACGCAAAGUUGAGCUUCAGAUUGGUAUAAACAAGUUCAAUAUGAAGCCCAAACGUGGCAUUGAAUACCUGAAGCAAAAUGGUUUUUUGAACGAUGAUCCGUCAUCAUUGGCAGCGCUCUUCAAGAAUACAGAGCUUGGCCUUGACAAGACGGCCAUUGGUGACUACCUUGGUGAGGACAAGCCGUUCAACAAGAGCACGCUGCACGCAUUGGUUGGUGGUUUGGACUUCAAGGAGCAGUCCCUGGAUGGAUCUUUGCGGCACUUCCUGUCCUUCUUCCGCCUUCCCGGCGAGGCACAGAAGAUUGACCGUAUGAUGGAGAAGUUUGCUGAGAAGUAUUGCAAUGACAAUCCGGAGCGCUUUGCCAAUGCAGAUUGUGCUUUUGUGUUGUCAUUCUCACUGAUCAUGCUUCAGACGGACCUGCACAAUCCAGGCAUCAGGAACAAAAUGACCAGAGAUGAGUUCGUGAAGAACAAUCGUGGCAUCAAUGACAACCAGGACUUGCCCCGGGAGUACCUCGAAAGUCUCUAUGAUGGUGUCGCGCAAAACCCAAUUUCACUUCAGGAGGACCAGGAGGCCAGAAAUCGACAAGAGUCACAAGCAGCGAGAGAUCUCAACCAGAAGUAUGAGUUGUUCGUCAAGGAGACAGAAACUAUGGUUCAGAAGACGAAGGCAGCCAUGCAGAGCCGAAGACGAAGUUCUGCUUACGUGGUGGCCCAAAGUGUCGAGCACGUAAGACCCCUUUUUGAGGUGGCAUGUUGGCCUUAUUUGGCCACUUUGGCAGUUCUUCUAGAAAUGCAGGACUCACCACAAAGCAUCGAGCUUUGCAUCGAAGGUUUCAAGCAUUGCAUCAGGAUCGCAGCUCGAUUCGAUAUGGACACCGAGCGCAAUGCCUUUGUUUCAUCCCUGGCCAAGUUCACAUACUUGACAACCAUCAAGGAAAUGAAGCAAAAGAACAUUGAAUGCAUCAAGGCUUUGUUAUCGAUUGGGCUGUCUGAGGGCAACAACUUAGGACCGUCUUGGUUGUACGUGCUGCACUGUAUUUCUCAGCUUGAGCGGCUACAACUCAUUGGCACCAGAGGUGCCAGGCAAGACUUUCAGUUCUUUCAGAUGGAGGACGAAGCUUUGUCUCCAGGAUCGGCAACCAGGUCCAAUGCGAGCAUUGCUGGUCACCAGGUGGUGAAGCGCCGCGCUCACGGCCUGGGUGUGUCCGCUUUGGUGGCCAUUGGCCAGGAUGAUCGACAAGUAGAACUGGUGAACUCUGAGUCAGUGGCUUCUCAGAUAGAUGCGGCCCAAAUUGAGUUGCUUUUCAACAAGUCAACUCAGCUCACACCACAAGCUGUGGUACAUUUCGUGACUCAAUUGGCAAAGGUCUCCAAAGAAGAGCUUGCACUAGCGGAUCAGCCACGAAUCUUUUCUCUACAAAAACUAGUUGAGGUCGCUGACUUCAACAUGAGCCGGAUGAGAGUUGUAUGGACGAAGAUUUGGCGAGUACUCAGCAGCCACUUUGUUGAGGUGGCGACUCACCCGAACGUCCGGGUUUCCCACUACGCCAUGGAUUCAUUGCGACAGCUUACCAUGAAGUUUCUGGAGAAAGACGAGUUAGCUGGAUACAACUUUCAGGCUGAGUUCUUGAAACCGUUCGAAUGCAUCAUGGUCGGCCCACCGCCAGUGAGCAGAGAGGUGAAGGACUAUUUGGUCUACAUUAUUUCGUACAUGGCAGAUGCAAGUUUUCAAAAUAUCCGGUCUGGAUGGAAAGCAGUGCUUCACAUUUGUGCAGCAGCUGCUCAAGAUCCGGCACUCAGCGAGGCCACGAUUGAGAUUGCCUUCAAAGUGGUCGAAAAGGUCAAUGCAGACAGCUGCUACCACCUGUUUCUUGAGAAUUUUACUGAUGGAAUCCGCGCUCUGCUAUCAUUCGCACAGUGCAAGGUAGAGAAGCGGCCUGGCAAGGAGGCGAAGCCAGAGAUGUCAAUGCAAGCGAUUUCCUAUUUGCUCAAGGCCGCAGAAAAACUUGCGGACCCGCAAACCGAUCUUCCAGCAGGGUGCUCUUUAUCACAGGAUCCUGCUAUUAGUGAUGGACAACCCGCGGCUGUUUGGUUCCCCAUUUUGCGAGGGCUCUCAAUACUUGUUGGCGACCCUCGCCGCGAUGUGAGAGCUGCGGCGCUCAAUGGCGUUUUUGACAUUCUCCGUGAUUAUGGCAAGCAGAUUUUUGAUGAGGACAUGUGGCGGAUGGUAUUCAACGGGGUCAUCAAGCCCUUGUUCGAUGACAUUCACCACCAGCUGGCUCCACAGAGUGACCACAAGCAGGAGGGAAAUGGUGCAGAGGGCAGACAAGAUGGCCAUUGGGCCUCAAUGGGGCCACCAACAUGCUUAGCAGCUUUGACCCAGCUUGUCAGGUUGAUUGAAGCUAACCUGGACGUUCUGGCCUUCCUACUUGAUGAUGUGCUCCGGUUGAUCAGAAACUGCAUUCAGCACGAAUUUGAGGCAGUUGCACGAAUAGGUGUCGAAGGUUUCAAGCAGCUGCUGAUAUGCACUGGCAAGAACAUGAAGCCGAAUUCCUGGCAGAAGGUCACGACAUGUAUUCUGGAGCUCUUCCGGGACAGCAUGCCAACAAAGCUGAUGGAGGUUGAUGUGAAGGCCUCGUCGCAACUGCCAUUCAACAAAGAUGAUGUUGUGAUCCAGUGCGUGGUCCAACUCCUGCUUAUCGACAUGCUGCAAGAUGCUGUCUCACAACAUUACGAGAAAAUUCCAGAAAGCGGAAUUAUGACUCUCCUCGAUGCACUACAGCAGUCCUUUGAGUUUGCACAGGAAUUCAAUCGGCAGAUUGAGCUCCGUCAAGCCUUGAAAAGACUUGGCUUCAUGAAAGAAGUGAAGCAACUGCCUGGGCUGCUAAAACAGGAGAGAGAGUCACUGAGCUGCUCCCUGAGAAUUCUCUUUCAGGUGCAGGCUGACCCAAGAAUGAGUGGCAGUGAGUUUUCAUCCCGUGCCGUGGAUCGCCUUCUCAGACUCUGCAGCUCCGUGCUACAAAACUAUGUAAACAAGGAGCGGAUUCUGCAGCGUUCCGAGGCGCCAGAAUCUGCAGAGACCCUCAAGGACAAGGAGGCAACGAUCGUGGAGGUGGAACGUGAGGUUCAUGGAUUGGUGCCUAUCAUCUCUGAAGUGGUGGUCAAGGGAUUGAAAGACCUUCCGCCGAAGCUGUUUGAGCAGCACAUCCACGUACUUUUUCCUCUCUUCUGUGACCUGACGAUCGUAAGUUCUCGCGAGGUUCGCGCUCUGGUGCGAGACGUGCUUCUGGAGCAGGUAGCUCCCCUCCUCAAGCCAAGUACAGCUAAGAAUAUGAGAGGGUCAAAGUGCUAUGGAGUUCUGGAUGGCCGAUGAGAUGAAGCUCGGUACCUUUUUGCUGCUGGUGGAUUCGCUAAGCAUCCAUGGUCAGCAGCAGGUCCUUGAAGUCAUCCAACAUCAUGAAACUCUGAGAGCUACUUUCCGUGUGAAGCCGUAGAUCCAUCAUUUCGGCUUGUGAGACGACAUGCUGCAACGUGACAUGCUGAUCCGUGCAAGCGUACAGAGCUUGCGAGUUGGAUUGCCGUUCAAUGCGGAUCCUAGAGUGACCAACAACAACCAGCGGCGCAGUCGUGCAGUCUGUGUUGCUGGUUCUUCCAAUCGGUUUCCAGCCGACAAUGCACGAAGGCACUUGCCAGGUGGGCUUGGUCUGGCUUUCUCACUUG